CCCCACCCCCCCCCCUCCGUGCUGCCGCUUUAAACACAACAAGCAGCUCUUCUCUUCUCUUCUCUGCUCUGGAGCCGUGGACCAACUGUCCUCAGGUCAGCCGGGAUUCAUGCCUCUCCUCCGGCGCACAGGUCCCAGAUCCGUCCUUAGCCUCUGACCUGUGACCGCCCCCCCUCUGACCUUUUCUAUUGGUUCUAGUUGUGGUGAGGAUGAUGGUGAAGAGCAGGAUGAGGUGCAGUCACGGCUCAGCUGCACGUGUUUCCAUGUGAAAGGAGGGCAAAGGUUGUCGCACCUGCAAUACAUUGAUGCGGAGAGGGAUGAGUCCUUGAAAGCUUUGGAAUAUAAAGAAGAGGACCUUUGGAAUUUCUUGAAAUUGGUGGCAUAAAGAAUAUCAACUGUUGACAUUUCACACAGAGGAUACAGCAUAUUUAUUAUCUUCUGAAAACCGUUGGAAUUUCUGGAGAUACAGAACUCCUGGAUAUCCUUGAAUCUUUUUAUCAUUUAUCGCAAUUCUUGGAAUUUAAAAAUGCAGAAGAAAUCAGUUCAAGUUUAAGAACAUUAAACUGUAAAUCUAUUACUCAAGGAAUUUAUUUGGAUUCAGUUUUUUUGGAGCAAAGUUAUUUUUUUUCCUGCUCAAACUUUCCCACAGAUUAUUUUUGCUUCCCUCUUCUUGCUCUUGUUCCAUCCUGUUGUUAGGAGUCUUCAUCAUAUUUUGACUUUCAACCUCCCCUCGGCCGGAGGACAUGGCUCUGUCUCCUUCGAUACGAGAACGGACGACAGGAAGCUGACUCCUGCUGGGAGCGAGGCCGAGAGACAAACAAGGAGAGAGAGAAGAAGAGAGAGCAGGGAAGAUGUCGUGGAAGAGGAACUAUUUUGCAUCAGGUGGAGGAGGUGGAGGUGGAAACGGGGCCGGUGGCAGCGGCAGUGGUGUUGUUGCGAUGCAAGGGAUGUUGACGCCUCGCACCAUGACGUCCAUCGCUCCCAGUAAAGGGCUGAGCAAUGAACCGGGACAGAACAGCUGCUUCCUGAACAGCGCCCUGCAGGUUCUGUGGCACCUCGAUAUCUUCAGACGUAGUUUCCGUCAGCUGACGACUCAUAAGUGCAUGGAGGACUCGUGCAUUUUCUGCGCUCUAAAGAGUAUCUUCGCUCAGUUUCAGUACAGCAGUGAGAGAGUUUUGCCGUCCGACGCUCUCCGCAGCGCGCUCGCCAAAACCUUCCAAGACGAGCAGAGGUUUCAGCUCGGCAUCAUGGACGACGCUGCAGAAUGCUUUGAAAACAUCCUGAUGAGAAUUCACUUCCACAUCGCAGAUGAGACCAAAGAAGACAUCUGUACAGCCAGACACUGCAUCCCCCACCAGAAGUUUGCCAUGACGCUCUUCGAACAGUGUGUGUGCAGCAGCUGUGGAGCGUCCUCAGACCCUCUACCCUUCAUUCAGAUGGUCCACUACAUCUCCACCACCUCUCUGUGUAACCAGGCGGUGAAGAUGUUGGAGUCGAGGGAGAAAGCGACUCCUGGCAUGUUUGGGGAGCUGCUGCGAAACGCCAGCAUGGGAGACCUGCGCAGCUGUCCCAGUCAGUGUGGUCAGCAGCUCAGGAUGGCUCGUGUCCUCCUCAACAGUCCGGAGAUCAUCACCAUCGGUCUGGUUUGGGACUCUGAUCACUCAGACCUCGCUGAGGACGUCAUUCACACCCUGGGAACCUGCCUGCGUCUGGGGGAUUUGUUUUACAGGGUGACGGAGGAGAAGGCUCGUCAGUCGGAGCUCUACCUGGUCGGCAUGGUGUGUUACUACGGGAAACAUUACUCCACCUUCUUCUUCCAGACAAAGAUCCGACGAUGGAUGUACUUCGAUGAUGCACAUGUCAAGGAGAUUGGUCCCAAGUGGAAGGACGUGGUUUCUCGCUGCAUCAAGGGCCACUAUCAGCCUCUGCUGCUGCUGUACGCCGACCCGCGGGGGACGCCGGUGUCGGUCCAGGACCUGCCCUCGCGCUUCGACCUCCACCACCUCAACAAGGCCUGUUACGACAGCGAAGACUCGGGCCGCGAGCAGUCCAUCUCCAGCGACACUCGCACCGAUUCGUCGACGGAGAGCUACUCGUACCGACAGCCCUCCCACUCACACCAUGAGUCCCUGGCCAGUCACUACUCCUCUGACUCCCAGGGAACCGUCAUCUGCAUCGAGCGCCCCGACGGAGCCGUGCACACCUCACUCUGCAGCCUGGAUACAGUAGGCCACGUGACGGACAGUGAGCAGCACCAGUCUCUGAGGAAAGGAGGCGGGGCCGGGGAUAGGAGGCGGAGCUCUAGCCGCCACCGGCGGUCUAAACCUGACAACGAAGCCUCGUCGGCUGGUUACCACAGCGAGGGAGAGACGUUAAAGGAGCAGCAGGUUCCUCGUCAUCUCCCCAAACCUUCCUCCUCCUUCUCAUCCUCAACCAGUCGCCUCCGAGACUUCAAGGAGACCAUGAGCAACAUCAUCCACAGCCGACCCCUCUCCUCCUCUUCCUCCUCUUCUUUACCGGCUGCCGUAAUCUCCUCUGAAAUCACCUCCUCCACCAACAACCACCACUACCCUGCCACCACUAUCGCUCCCUGCUCCUCCUCCAGUAAACCCCAUGACUGGGAGGCCAAAAGCACGAGCAGCGAGUCCAAGUCCAGCUGCUCGGGCGGAGCAGGGUCAGGGAGGUACCGGCCAGCAUGGAGGCCCCGCAGGGAGGCGCUCAACAUCGACAGCAUCUUUGGCCGCGAGAGGCGAAGGCAGGCGGGAUACAGCCCGCUCGGAGCCUCCCUGCCCGACGACUGUGGAGCUCCGGCCUCGGAGGGAGCAGACGCUUCCUUCCCGGCCCAGGAGGAGGUGAGGACUGUCAGGGCGGGCUCCUCGUGGACUCUCCCAACCACCUCCAGCAGCCACAGAGGAGAUGGAGAUGGACCUGGAAGUGGAAGUGGAAGGGGAAGGGGAAGUGGAGGACGUGCAGAGCUGCCCCCUCCUCCUCCACCUCCUCCUCCAAGGCUGAUCCAGAGGAUGGAGAGCGGAUACGAGAGUAGCGAGAGGAACAGCAGCAGUCCAGUCAGCCUGGAUCUGAACCUGGGGGAGAGGGAGUGUGUCGUGAAUAAGCCUUCCUCCUCCUCUUCCUCAGGACCGUCGUGGAGGAACAUCAGGUCGAAGAGCAGUGGAGCUUUGCUGCAGGAGCUCAGCUCUUCCAGCAGGGGGAGCCUCGCGCCCCCUGCCGGUCGCAGCGAGCUGGACGAGCUACAGGAGGAGGUGCAGAGGAGAGCGAGGGAGGAAGAACAACAGCGCCGGCAAGAGAAAGAGAGGGAGGCGGCCCUGGGCUUCAACCCUCGACCCAGCAAGUACCUGGACCUGGACCAGCUGCAGAUUCAGGGUAAAGGUGACAGCUUUGAGAGGUGUGUGUCGGAGGCGGAGCUUCUGCUGGAUCAGUCAGUGCGUCUGGAGCAGGCAGGCGAGGUCGCCGCUGCGCUGUCAGCGGUCAACGAAGCUGUCUCCAAACUGCAGCUGGUGGCAGCUGAGGGCGGAGCUAGUAGUCACAGCCGGCUGCAGCGCUGCAUGAGGAGAGCCCGCAGCCUGCAGCAACGCAUGCAACUGCAGCAGCAGCAGGACUCAGAGGCAGGCAGACAGCAGCCGCAGCAACAACAGGAGGAGGGGCAGCAGCUGCAGGAACAGCCCAGUGAAAAGCCUCUCUCGCUCCAAAUACUUCUGACAGAGAGACAGGGCGACCAAUCAGCUGCCAGUCAGGACCACCAGGCCCCGCCUCUCUCUCCCUGCCUUGUUAAGCCCCUCCCUCCCAGAACAAACUCAGUGUCUGACCCCGCCGCCAGCACCAGGGCCUCUACAGGUUCACCCAGGGAGGACAGCAGGACCAGAAGCCCCUGCUCUCUUUUUGGGAAACCCCUCGCCAAUACCGGGUCCCUCCCUGCACUGUGCAUGAACACCUGGGAGCAGAGCCCCCUGGGAGACAUGGCUCCACCCCCUCCACCUGAGGAGGUGGAGCAUCCCGCCCAGCGGACCAGAACACCCCCCGUCUCCAUCCCAGCACAGGCCCCGCUCCCAUCCAAGCUGUAUUCCUGUACCCCGUCACCUGUUGCCGCCAAUGACAGGUGUCAUCUGAUGAUGGAGGAGGUGCCAUAUUACACCCGACAGCCACAGACCAUGCCUCUUGCGACUAGCCCCACCCCCAGGCUUGUCCUGCCCUCAUCCUCCCACCCAACCAGGAACUGGUCCUGCUUACAUCUGGACCCACCCGAUGUUGUCGAUUCUCCCGUUGACCCGCCAAUCAGCUCUCCCCUUUACUCAACCCCAGACUCCCCUUCCAACACCCCUCCACCGCAGCCACCUGCGAGCCGGCCUGGUCGGAACUCGUCAUCGCCCCCCAGUCAGGACUACAGAGCAGCCCUGCCUGUGGAGCGCUGGGCGGAAAACGUCAACAGAUACUACGGCUCCCAGAAUGCAACAGGAGGAGGAGGAGGGGGACCGGCGGUGCCGGGUGAAGAGCUGUCGGAGCUGGACUCUCUGUACCAGGCCAGUCUGCUGGCUCCCAGCAUGCCCCGGGGCAGCCGUGGAGUCAGUCCUCAACCGACCAACAACAAACCAGGUGUGAGGAGAAUGUUGUCAGGAUCUGGACGGUCCAAAACACCGACGGCUGAGCUCGAGAGAUUCGCCUACAGAACGCCGGUCACACCUCAUAAGCUGCCAUCAGGUGAAGAUGAGUGCUACAGCGCAGCAAACCUGCGACGCAUCGCCCACAGCCUGAGUGGGACAGUUAUCGGGUCAGGACCCCAAAACCUCGGCCCCUCCCAUAGCUGCGACCUCUCUGCGUCCAGGCCCCCCCUCAGAUACUCCUCCUCUUCCUCCUCCCUCCUCCGUCGCCCCAGCACCUCCUCCCUGCACAUCCCCUCCUCCACCACCUCCUUCACUACAGAUCACUCCUAUCACCACCACCACCACCUCCUCCAACACCACCAACCCAGACACCACGGCAACUCAGCUCCUGCACCUCCUCCACAGCACCCUCCCUUGCAGACAUCACGGCCCCCAAGCUCAGGCCUCUCCUCCUGGGGACACUCAGGAGGUGGACCGAGCCUCCAGCAGCAGUUUCUGGUUGUGUCUGACAGGCAUCCGGCUCUCUCAGGUCAAAGCCUCCACAGCGUCGCGUUGAGUUACGGCACUCUACCUCGGGCUCCUCGCCGAGCGCAUCCUCCCUCCUCCUCCUCCACCUCCUCCCUCCCCAGACCCAGAGCCUGCUCUGGUCCUACUCCCUCGCCGCCGGAUCCACAGAGUCUCUACGCCACCAUGUCCCAUCCUCGGCGGCCUGCCAACACCACCGCUAAUGGUCACUACCGGCAACCGUCGCUGCCCAGUAAAGUCAACGUGUCCACCCGCUACGCUCCGCUCCACCUCACAGUGCCGGGGGAGGCCCCCCCCGCACAGCCGCUCCGCCUGGACGUGCCCCCUGAGACCGACUGGCGCCAUGACGCCGACUACAGGACCGUCAGCUCCUCCUGGGACCCCCGCACCGCCCGCCACCACCAGCCCCUCCACCGGACCGCCUCCCACCAACCUCCCCCGCCCCGGCCCCACAGGGACCCCCAGCUCUGCUCGCUCUGCCAGCAGCUUCCUGCUGAGCCGUCACGCCCCUACUGCCCGUCCUGUGGCGCUUACGUGGCUCGGUUCCGCACAGUCAGGUGAUCCGGCCCAAGGCCUCGCGUCCAGGCUCGCCCCAGUAGAAGAAUCCAGAUGUCCCAUAUCCAUCAAGAUCAAGUUUCUUUUUUUAAUUUAAAAUGUGCCGAUGUUUCUUUAAUCCAAUGCUUCCCAUAAUCCCGUCAUCAUGUUGGUGGAUAUCUCACUUUGGAAUCAAACUCUCAUGUCUGCAGCAUCAUCUGGGGAAGCCAACCGUCUUCAGUAUAGUUUCUUCUCUCCUGCAUCGGUCUCCCCCUUAGAGGCAGCUGCUUCACACCAAACCUCAACCACUAUCCUCCACGUUUCAAUCCCGGCCCCUAGCCUGGUCCUCUCCAGUCUGGACGACCACCACAGAGCCACAAAAUGAACAAUGUCACACAGAUGGAUCUCCUACAUAAAGUCUAUGAAUGUCCGCUGGGUUUAAGCACAUAUUAGAUUUCUAAUCAAGACAAAGCACCGUGAUAGACACCAGGACCGAGAGGAGAAGGCCGGCAGAUGAUGAUGAAAGACGGAACUGAAAGCGAAGCAGUUUGAUCAUGAAGACACUGCUGCUAACCUGCUGUCUGUUCAAACUGAUACAGUUUGAUCCAAAUAUGAGAAAAACAGACACAUCAAUAAUCCAAACAGGUAGGAGUUAUUAGUCUUCAUCUGCUGGGUGUCAGAUUUAGAAUCAACAUAAACUACGUGUUUAAUAAAAAGUAAGAGCAGUCAAGUUUUAUAGAUGAAAAAUGAAGAUUUUAAUUAAUCUAAAUCUAGUUCCAUAAUUAAUGAACGGCUUCAUGUUAUUUUUCAAGCAAAAAUACCAAAACAUUUCAUGGUUCCAGGUUCUUAAAUGUGAGAGUUAUAGCAUGAUAAUAAACUGAAUAAUAUUCAUUCUUUGUUUUCUGACAUUUUAUAAACCAAAACGAUUAAUUGAGAGAAUGGACAGAUGAAUUCAUAAUAAUGAUAAUCUGUAGUUAUGUGCUUUUUCAACGCCUUUUUAACUUUUUGAGAAUUUUAUUUGGUCCUGUUCUUGUUCUUUUCAUUGCACUGUACAGUACACUCCAUUACAGAAAAAAUGCUAUAUACCCAUUAUCAUUCAUUUAUUGUAAUGCUUAUUAGCUCAUAACUUAUGAUCAAAUUGUUGAUCACAUUUCAGUUUCUAUUUCAAAUGUACCAUAAACAUUUAUUUUAAAAGGUUAUGAACAUGUUGUAGACGUGGCAACAUUUUUUAAAAUAAUUAAAUUACUUUGCUUUCAUCAUAAUUUCUAUAAAGCAGAAAAUCAUGAUCAAUGCAUCAGAAAUAAUUCCCAACAUUCACUUUGACAAAGCAAAGUGUUGAAUGUUUGUUGAUUCCAGUUUGUACAGAGCUGCAAAUAACCAACACUUUCAUUAUAGAUUUCAUUAUUUUCCCAAAUAAUCAGUUCAUUGUCUAUAAAAUGUCAGAAAUGCUGCUAAAAUGUCCGUCAUUUAAAUCACUAAAGAUAUUCAUUUCACCAUCACAGAUGAUGGCCCAAACUAACAAAUAUUCACACAAGUGAAGUUGGAACGAGAUCUUUUUUUUUUUUGUUAUAAAAAUGACGAGGAAAUGAUCAAAAUUGCUGCAGCUUAAUUUUGCUGAUUGAUGUCGAUGUGAAUCCGUAGAUAAUGGACUAAUCAUUUCCUGUUUAGUGACUCUGACACCAGGUGGGAAGAGGACAAUAACCGUCUGAGAUACUUCAGGUGACGAUGAAUGUGUCUGUUUUUGUGAUCUUGAACGCAGCUGAACGGACGUCAGGUUCCAAAUGACGGACACUGAGACACGACAGGAAGUAGCUCAAUCCUGCUUCUUUUCUGCCAUUUGUGUCUCCGAAUAUAAAUCUACUCUACUUAUUACUCUAUUUAUUUUUGUAGGCUUGUCAGACUGAGUUGUGCAUAGAUGAAACUAUUCUACCUGAAUAUACUCUACUACUAUAGUCUAAUUUUCUAAAGGUAGUUAGUCGCCUUGUUUGGGAUGUGGAGCCUUCUUAUACUGUACACUAGGCUGUUAGAUAAGAACUAAAGCUUUUAUUUUGACAGCUAAUAUUUAGCAUGAUGUUUUAUUAUAGCCUUGAGAGAAUUUGGUGUACAUUUAUUGUAACAACGAUAUAUGCAGAUCUUUUUUAGCGCAGCCACUCGACUGCAUUUAACUCUAAUUUAGUGCACUUCAGAAGUGUUGACGAUAGAUUUCUUUAAUGUGCUUGUUGCUGGUUUCUGUUGACACUCCUGUUGUUCAGGGAGACACUCCUCGUUACGUUCAUGGGCUUGUUUUUGUACUCAGAUGACUUUAGAUCGGUUUAAUAGAUUAAUGAAGGAACACCUUUAAAACUUUAAAGAAUGCUGUUUAAAUAACUUCUACAAAGCUGAUCUGACCCCGCCCGUCUGCUGCUCCAUGUGAGCUAAAACAAACAAACCUGGUCUGAAGUCAAACAUUCAUUCUAAAUCCUUUCACCUGCAAUUGUUCAGCAGAUUACUGAAGACAUUGAUGAUUAUAAUAAUUCAUAUUAUAUAUAUAUAAGUAUUUAUAUAUUCACUCCAAACUCUCAUAUGCUGUUUGACUGACAGGAUGUCUUCUUUUCAGAAUAAAAUCUGAAUUUAAUUUGAAUUGGAGUUCACACCAGUCCUGAGUUCAUAAUAAUAGUAAUGAAGUUAUUUUUUCACCAUGUCAAAUUUGAUGUUUCUUCUUUUUUUUUUUUUUUUUUUUAUCUUUUGCUUCGCCAGAUUGUAUUUUGUUGAUUUUGGUAUAUUUUUGAUGCUUAUUUUUCUACACUGUAGACUUAACAGAGAUGAUACUAUGAUUAAAAUGUUUAAAGGAAAA